AGUGUCAAGAAAGGUAAGGUGAAAGGUAAUAAAUACAUACGUCACUUCUCCUACCCAGUCUAGUCAAUGAUAUACAAAUAUAUACACACAUAAUUACAUGCAAAAGGAAAUCAGCAUGAUUUCUUGACAUUAUGGUGAUUAUAUAUUUUUUUAUAAAUACAAAUAUGUAUACCCAUGUUUUAUCGUCAUGAAAUAUGGUGAUGGCAGCUCAUCUAAAUUUGUGGUAACCACCAUCUAAAUCGGUGGCUAAAAAGGCUAAAGUUGGAAAAAAUUCAUCCGGUGGUGAAUUCAACUAAAAUUUUUGGCAAAUUUCAUCUUAUUCGGUGGUGCAUUAAAUUUAACCCCAUAGACUUCCAGUCAAAAGCACAUUAAAUAUAUUUAAUUGUUCCUAUGUGCAUAUUUUUAACCCAGUAAAAUGAAUGUAUAAGCUGAUCCUGAGUUGAUGCUUACAUACAUUUUUUAAGUACAUAUUUGUUUUCUUUACCAAAAUAUAUAAAACUUGAAAGUAUGCAUUAUAUUCUAAAUAGACUAAAUUGUUUAUUGUAAAUUUGAUUUCUAUAACUGAUCAAUUAAAGCAUGGGUGCUAAAAAUAUAAAUUGUAAAUUGAUCUUCACAUUUUUCGUUCUAAUUCCAAAAAAUAUGUGGACCUCCUGUGAUCAAAUUGCCAUAAAUACACGCAAUAAUGAUCCGAAAUAUGCGUACCACUCGUAUCAAAGCUCGGUUAUCUGCUACCCUAAAACCGCAAUACAAUAUCCCUCAAGCAUAUCCAAUGUCGUUCGCCUAGUAAAAAACGCGAGGAAGGAUGGCGUACCUAUCAAAGCGAUAGGGUCACGACAUUCCAUAACGGAUAUCAUCUGUACGGACGGUACUCCAAUAUCACUGAAACUUUUGACCAAAAAGUACUACCACGAAGAUAACACUGCAACUUUUGAGGCUGGCAUAAAAUUGGACCAAGUUUUAUUAUUCUUACAAGAAAGGAAUCGUACUUUGAUUAAUAUCCCGAUUUACAGAGGGAUCACUCUCGCCGGUGCAAUAGCAACGGGCGCACAUGGAUCAUCUCUCAAACACCCAGCAUCAAUUUCAGAUCAAAUAAUCGGGCUUCAAGUUGUUACCGGAACUGGUGAACUGGUCAACAUAAACGAUACAAAAACACUGAAAGCAUUCCGAGUUAACUUGGGACUUCUUGGAAUCGUGGUCAAAGUCACGUUAAAAAUUGUCCCCAUUUUCAAAAUGUCUAUUCAAAACAGUGUGGAAGAAAUAGAUAUAUUAACGAGUGGGAAGGCCCUAGAAUGGGCGCGAGAAUAUGAUCAUUUCCAACUCUGGUGGUUCCCAUCCCUGCAGGAAGUCGUGGUCGCCAAGGGAAAUUAUUUACCAUUUCUCAAAAAUACCACUUUCGAAGGUAACGCUACUAACAACCUGAUUACCGAAGUCACCCAAUACACUGCCCGAUUUGCUGCGGUCCUCUACGAAUUUUGUAACUGGGCUCAGAUAGGAUUGACCAUCUUGGAGGGAUACAUGAGAGAUUUCUUACUUAAAAGUAUCCCCACAGCAAGACCACUUUACGAAGAGGGGGGCACGUUUAAAAAUCCCGCCGUGGGAAUAGGUUGGCGUCUCCUGUCAAGCCAAUGCAGACCUGGAACGUGCUGGUGGGACAAUCCCUGGGCGACCGUGGGCGGGACGGAAUCUGCCAUCGCGUUUGACACCAAGCAUUUCAAAGGAGUGAUGACCAUGAUUCAAGACACGCUACGGGAAAUGCCCACGUGUUUCUACAUGUCCGGAAUCCUGAUCAGAUUUAUGCCCAAGUCUGAAGCAUACCUGUCCUUGUCGAGUGGGAGAGAGACGUUCAGCGUGGAAUGGGUGAACCCGUUGAGGACAAGGAGGCACUUGGAUGCCGUCGUGGGACUGGGGACAUUUCAAGCUAUUUUGCAAAGGAUGGUGCGAGACUUUGACGGGAUUCCUCACUGGGGGAAAAAUGGGCUGCAUUUCUUGGGGGAAAAUGUGCUCAAGAAAAAUAGAGACAAUUUUAUUGCGGAGAUGAAAAACUUUGAUCCGGACGGCGUCUUUCUUAACAAGUUUGGUAGGAGACUGACUGGGGAGAUUGGUGAGGCUGACGUCGACCCGGAAAUGGAGAGGUGUGCUUUGCAUGAUUACUGCAUUUGUGGGAAGGAUUACGAUUGUGGGGUGGGACAAAGGUGUGAAAAGUUAAGCGAUGGGGUACUAGUUUGUCGAGAUCAGGAUAAUGUAAUUCUUGGCGGACUGGGUUUCGUGUUUGGAACUAACUUUUUAGCCUUCAUCUUGUACAGAUUAUUUUACAGGUAGUCAAAUUUUAAUGGCCACAAAGAACUAACUAUAAAACAUAUUACAGUUUAGAUAAAUGUUUAUUUAGUUGUAAGUAAUUGGAAUAAAAUCAUAUUUGAC